AAGCAGCUUUAUCUAUGGUUUUUCCCUUUGCUUUAUCUGACCUAUUUUCCCAACACUCUUUCAUGGUAAUGAUUCCAUAGCUGGCCUCUCCUUCCCCUCCUUCCCCUCCUAUCUUUUUCUCUCAGACUUGAAAACAAAAGAAAACUUUGGAAAAUCCCUCCCCUACCCCCCUUUCAUGUUUUUGCUACUUCAACUUUCUCUGUGUAUGUAAAAACCCUGCAGACAUAGCAGAGGGUGGUGCAGAAAGUCUUGUGUCUCAGAUCCCGAUAACACUGCAUCUCUCCUUACACCAUUAACGAGAAAAAAACUGCCUUGGUGUUUCCCUCUCGGUCUCUCUCUUUCUCCCCAUUGAAAACACUCCAGCAUAUAAUAAUAUAACCUAACCUUAGUUCACUCUCAGGCACAAGGGUCUUUCUUUGUGGUCCUUUACUGCUUCUUCAUUUCUUUAUACACAGUACAUCGAAACCUUUCUUUUUUUUGUUUACAAAAUAGUGAAAUACCCUUUCUCUUUUCCCUUCACACCUUAUUACACUUUCCCUUUAGCGCUUUAUCUAUAUACAACACACACACACACACACACAGUUGCUCUACUCUUUAGUGGUUUCGAGAAAUGCAAGAACCCGGGUUAGGCAUGAUGAGUAGUGGUGGGAGUGGUGCAAUUGGAGGCUUAAGCAGCGGUGAAGUGUCUGUUUCCGGUGACCAGAAUCGUCAGCUCAAGGCUGAGAUAGCUACUCAUCCGCUUUAUGAGCAGCUUUUAGCAGCUCAUGUUUCUUGUCUCCGGGUUGCUACACCUAUUGAUCAGUUGCCUCUAAUCGAUGCGCAGUUGGCACAGUCUCAUAAUCUUCUUAGGUCGUAUGCUUCACAGCAUCACCAACAUGGCCACUCCCUAUCCCCCCAUGACAGACAGGAGCUUGAUAACUUCUUGGCACAAUAUUUGAUAGUGCUGUGUACUUUCAAAGAACAGCUUCAACAACAUGUCAGAGUCCAUGCCGUUGAAGCUGUCAUGGCUUGCCGUGAAAUCGAAAAUAACUUACAAGCUCUCACUGGAGUAACCUUGGGUGAAGGCACAGGUGCAACAAUGUCAGAUGACGAGGACGAGUUGCAGAUGGACUUCUCUUUGGAUCAAUCUGGCGCUGAUGGGCAUGACUUAAUGGGUUUUGGUCCCCUACUUCCUACAGAAUCUGAAAGGUCUUUGAUGGAGAGGGUUCGUCAGGAGCUGAAGAUUGAACUAAAACAGGGUUUCAAAUCUAGAAUUGAAGAUGUGAGGGAGGAAAUUUUGCGAAAAAGAAGGGCUGGAAAAUUACCAGGUGACACAACUACAGUGCUGAAGAACUGGUGGCAGCAACACUCAAAGUGGCCAUACCCAACUGAAGAUGACAAGGCCAAACUUGUGGAGGAGACAGGGCUGCAGCUAAAGCAAAUCAACAACUGGUUCAUCAACCAAAGGAAGCGCAACUGGCAUAGCAACUCUCAAUCUGUGACCUCCUUAAAGUCCAAAAGGAAAAGGUAGACAACGAAACUCCGUGAGGAAUGGAGAAGAAAGGAAGUUUCAACGUGUUGAUGAAUGAUGAUGUCGGUAUAGCUAUUGUGUGACCUCUUGGGGUAAAUAGCUCUGGGCUAACAUUUUGUGAUGGUACUGAAAGAAUCUGGGAAGUUAGAUGCUUUCCAAAACCAGGUACAGGUUGUAAUAGAUUGAUUUUAUAUAGCUUACAUGUAAGUGUGCAGAUUCAAGUUUCUAACAAAGUAAACAUACUUCCUGUCACAUCUCCUCUUCCUUUGAGAUGUCUCUAAUUUCAUAUAUUCAUAUUGAAAGUUUACUGGUUGA